AUGGCGACCAAAGUUUAUAUUGUGUACUAUUCAAUGUAUGGGCAUGUGGAGAAACUAGCUGAAGAGAUAAAGAAGGGAGCUGCAUCUGUUGAGGGAGUUGAGGCCAAACUAUGGCAGGUCCCCGAGACACUACCAGACGAGGUCCUUACGAAAAUGAGCGCACCUCCAAAGAGUGAAGUGCCCAUUAUCACACCUAAUGAACUUGCUGAGGCUGACGGUUUCGUUUUUGGCUUUCCCACAAGAUUUGGAAUGAUGGCUGCCCAGUUCAAAGCUUUUCUCGAUGCUACUGGUGGCCUUUGGAGGACACAGCAACUCGCCGGAAAGCCAGCCGGAAUCUUCUACAGCACCGGGUCCCAGGGCGGCGGACAGGAAACUACUGCAUUGACUGCAAUAACUCAGCUUGUUCACCAUGGGAUGAUUUUUGUGCCUAUCGGUUAUACAUUUGGUGCCGGCAUGUUUGAGAUGGAGAAAGUAAAAGGUGGAAGUCCUUAUGGUGCUGGAACUUUCGCCGGUGAUGGUUCGAGACAGCCAUCUGAGCUUGAAUUAGGUCAGGCUUUUCAUCAGGGGAAGUACAUUGCCACCAUUGCCAAGAAACUCAAGGGGGCUGCCUGA